UCAUACAUAUAUGUGAAGCAAUUCGAAUAGCUGAUUUACCUGUUCUCUGUAAGGUUGUUAUUAUCAAGGAUAUCUUCAUUUUUAAUAAUCAUGAUGAUCGUCGUUAAGAGUUUUGUUCGUCCAUUUUUUUAUUUAUGACGCAGUAGAAAAAUAUUAUUUGCAAAUAAUUUUCAAAAAUAAACAAAUAUUUAAAAAAUGGUCGAAAAACAAAAAGAUCAAAAAGUUAUUGAUUUUAUGUUUGACCCAUUUUUGGUUGAAUACAAUUUUCCCGGUCCAUUUGAUAGAACCAGUGAUGAUGAUGAUGAUAAUGGCAAGAAUCAAAAAGAAUUGACUAGCGAACAGAUUGAAUCAAAACGUUUAGAGAUUAAAGCAAUAGAAUUGGCUGAUAAAAGUCACUAUGAACAAGCAUUCGAUUAUUUUGAACAAGCUUUAAGCUAUUGGCCAGAAAAUGCAUCAGUUUAUAAUAAUCGUGCACAAGUUUUUCGUCUUCAGAAUCGAAUAGAUGAUGCCCGUCAUGAUCUGGAUAAAGCCAUUCAAUUGAGCGAUAGUGAUGGAACAAAUUUGGAUCAUCAUGUCGCUAGACAAGCAUAUUGUCAACGAGCAUUGAUUCAUUUGUUGAAAGAAAACAAAGAAAUUGGUCUAAAAGAUAUGCAACGAUCAGCCGACCUUGGCAAUCGAUUUGCCAGUGCCUAUAUGGCUAAAAUGAAUCCAUAUGCUGCUCUUUGUAAUCAUAUGCUUCAAGAUAUGUUCAAACAAUAUGAACAACAGACGUCUACUUCAUCGAAACCUUAAUCGGGCAUCAAACUUCAAAAAAAAGAACAAAUUGGAAAUCAUCGAAAUAUCCAUCCAUCAAUCCAUUCAUUCUAUUUCUAAAAAAUUUUACUUAUUGUGUGUAUUGGCUUUUAUAAUGAUGUAAUGAUUGUCAUUAUGUCCUUGACAUAUGAAAUCUAUUAGAGAUUUAUUAUAUUUGUUUACAACAAAAAAAAGAAUGAAAAUUUAUAGUAAAUUUUUCCAUUUUUCAUUUUCGGUAAGUUUAGAGAUGAAAAUUUUAUGCAUUUAUUUUCUGGUCCAAUAAAGAAUUCUUUAUCUUUA